ACCGUGACCACAUAAUAGUUCAUUUCUAUUCUAUGUCGUGCCCAUUUGGGCAAAUUAGCAGAUAGGAAGAACAAUUGUUUGGAGGACAAUAGGUUGUCAAGUGACGUAUUUUUACAUUGUCACUGGAUGUGAAAGAUUUGAAAACAACUGGAAAUUGCUUGAAUGUACAAAGGGAGUCAAACUCGAAUUUGCUCCGCGUGACAAACCCCCGUUCACACUUUUGGCGCGCAAAACAUCAGCUGGUUGUAACAACAUCAACAGCAUUAGACUUAUCAGGCCCUUUCCCGCCCCAAAAUUAAUUUUGAUUAAUUGACCAAAUUAUUUUUCGUAUGAUAUGCCGAUUUUGAUAUGUUUUAAAGGGUGUUCAGCCGCUUAAUAGUUUGUUCUUAGGGUGUUCGUGGGGUGUUCAGCCUAUUCUUGGAGUGUUCAGUCUUUUAGAAACGACGGAGGGAAAUUUAUAUUCUAGGUCUGAUUUUAGUGUUUGCUGUUGCUUUUGUUCCGUUUAUUAAGGACAUGGUUGUUCAUUAAUCAGACAGGAAAAUGGCCAACGUUCAGCUUGUGCCACUCUCUGACAGCGACACUGAGCGAUUGAAGGAUGCUUACCCAACUCCAUUCGUUAAAUUGGGACAAAAAUUCGUGAGAACUGUGCCUGGAAACUGCAUUUUGCCUAAGGCCUAUGAAGAAUUCAAGGAUCGAUAUAAAAAUUGGGAAGUGCGCUCAGAAGAUACAUAUAUUUUUGGCUUUCCUAAAAAUGGCACAACCUGGGUACAAGAGCUCGUCUGGUGCCUACAGAACAACUGUGACAUUGACAAAGCCAAAGCCAUUUCAUUGCUGGAUAGAGUCCCAUUUUUGGAAGCACCAGUUAUUUUUGACUUUGUGGACGAGCUUCGUUCCCGCUUUGAAGGUUUCCACGAAAUGAUAGCGACCAUGGACUCGCCGAGAGUCUUUAAAUCUCACCUUCCAUUUGGCCAUUUACCCGACGACUUACUCGACAAAAGCAGGGUAGUGAUAUGUUUGAGAAAUCCAAAAGACACAGUAGUCUCGGCGUUCCACCAUGAAAAAUUACUUCACGUGUAUGACUACAAAGGUGAUUUCGCAACCUUCUUUGAUCUAUUCAUGGAUGGUCUGUUGCUUUACACGUCAUAUUUUGAACGCAUCCAACAAUUAUGGAAGCAAAGAAACCACCCAAAUGUUUGCAUAUUGUUUUAUGAAGAACUAAAAGCUGAUUUGGCUGGCAAUAUCAGAAAGGUGGCAAAAUUUCUGGGGAAGGAAAUCACAAAAGAGCAAGUUGGGAUUUUGGUUGAUCACUUGAGCUUUAAGAAAAUGAAAGAAAAUAAGUCUGUGAACCUCGAACCUCUUCAAGAUGGAAAGAUUAUGAAGAAAGAAGGGAACUUCAUGCGAAAAGGGGAGGUAGGAGACUGGAAGAAUUACUUUACUGAAGAAAUGAACAAGCGAAUGGAUGAGGCAAUUGAAAAGUAUUUUAAGCCUGUUGGACUUGAAUUCCGCUAUGAGUAACUGCAUCCGUAUUUGAAAUUUUCGAGGAUGUAAAAAUCCAUCAUAUGGAAUAGGAUUGGCUGGCUUUUGUGGAAUAUUAAUUUGUGUGUGAUUAAAUCCAAACGAAUGAAAUGAAAACAUUUAGCGCAAUACUUUGUUUCGUGGCCAUUCAAGCUAAUGUUUAUCAAUAAUUUUUCACCUGACAUUACAGACCGCAUUCUCUGUGAUUUGUGCGGAGAACAGAAAUGCUGAUAUACGACUUUGCGCAGACGUGAUUAAUGAUACUUCUAUAUAAAGUUUUGCUGCAGAUGACAAGAAUUUUUCAAUAAAUUCUAUUAGGUUGGAUUCCAGAAUUAACAAUGAAAGUAAUAUAACAUAAACAAGAAUAAAUACUAUUAAAUUAAGAAUAAAUUAAGAUUUUCUAGAAAAUAUUUUUUCAUAUAUUUUAAAAGAUGGGGCGAUUUACAUUUAAAUUUCUCAAAAAUCAAAGAAAAUUCAAAGAAAAUUGUUCUUUGCGUACUUAUAUGUAACUGUGUAGGCGCAAACCUAGGGAUUCUACAUUUGAAACUCAAUAGAGUUCAAAGAUUCUCAAUUUAGUUAUGCACUUUCAAAUAUUUAGUCUUGCGAAACAUAGAAAGACCCCUAGAAACAUGAUGAGUAUUGCGUUUUAGUGAUGCACUUUUAGAAUUGCUGGCUAUCUUGAAAACAUGGAAUGCGGAAUGCUGGAAUGCUGGAAUGCUGGAAUGCUGGAAUGUAUUUUCUAGAACCUAUAUAACUACAUGAUAACAAGUAAAUUUGUUUUAAAUUUGGGUUCAUUGAUACGAGAACUUAUCGUACUACUUUGCAAAGGCUGAACUUUUUCUAUUAACAUUCCAAUAUUCCAACAUUCCAGCAUUCCAACUUUCCAACAUUCCAUGUUUUUAUAAAAUUAGGGACAUCUUGAAAACGUAGCAUGUUGAAAGAUAUCCAUGGGCCAUCAGCUCUUGCACGUCAUUAAUGUCUAUCAUAUCACAUCAAGUCACGGUUUUGCAUACUUCGUUGUGGGAGUACCCAAUGGCAGUGUUGCGAUUCUCCGGAUCUGUUUCAAAGAUCUGAAGCCUGCUGAAAUACACGAUCAGUUCGAUUCAUCAGUGUUUUGACUGACAAUUUUCAGAUUUUUAAAAACUGAUGUCCUUCACACAUGAUCAGUUUUUAUCAGUUUUUUACUGACAGCUUUCAGUCUCUCAAAGCAGAUGUCCUCCAUACAUGUUCAGUUU